AUGGGAGGAACUCGUCGGAGAGAGUCAUAUUCUCCACGUGACUCCGCACGCACCGACGCGAUACACAGUUGGUUACAUCAGACAUAUCCUCCCGAUGAAGUGGAGGACGAUGAGAGGCCCGGUCUCAAAUACCGUCAUACUGUUCCAUACCCAUACCAAUCGCCAAAUAACACCGAAGUACGAUCAAACCAGGCCUUGACUCUUCACGAGUCCUCGUCCAGGUUCAGCUCACGGAUUGCAUUGAGCCAAGAUGAGUCAACGUCCCAAAUAUGUUCUACAGAUAGGGACGACAACCUUAGAUGCCCCAAUUGGAGAAUGACAAACCUGGGAGAUUCCGAAUAUAAUGAGGAGAGUGCACACCAUAUGAACCAUUGGCCUAUCUGCGUGUCAAGCCCAUGCUCUGAAUCAUCGAUAGCUCUCGGCGAACACUCGCAUCCUGAUCGGUGGAGAGAUCUCACCGGCCGCGGCCAGAAUAGGCGAUCCGAUACGCAAUCAAAAAGUCGCUCAGAAACGACUAGAGAUCGGGCUAUAGAGCUGACAAGCAUCACUAUCACUACAGGUCUUGCAGGGCCAGGCUGGCGUGAUGUGGAUCGUGACCCUGAUUUCCAUAUCAGCACGAGCAGGUCUGGAAAUAAAAGGAUAGUGUCUAAGGACGGCAUCCAAGUUAGCUCGCCCCAGCCGCGAAAGGCUUGGAAGGUCGGUAUUGCAUACAAGCCUUUCAGGCCAAUGAAAUACGUGGCGUAUAGGGAUGAUCCCCUAAAUGAAUUAUGCGCGCAUUGGGGCGUUUAUCUAUGUGAGCUGGAUGCACCCGAGCCUAAUUAUCGAGUAUGCAGCAUGGACUUCAAGGACGAGAGCAUGAAAGAACUGGCGGUACAGACCGUGUGGUGCACUCCCACAAGGCGCUGGCGACGCAAAAUGUACGAGGACGAGAUUCUCAAGGUUAGGCGAUACAAAGAGUAUAUCCUCUAUUUCAGCCUCGAGGAGUUCCUUGCAACCGCUCAAAUAGUGUUGGAGGAGUUCUUGGACCACCAUUACUCUCGAGAAUGGCACAAAGCGUUGGCUAAAAGCAAGCGAGCUUUCAACAAACAUAUAGAUAAGUUUGGCAACGGAGACAGUGGCGGCCUGUAUAGUGUUCUGUCGAGAAAUUGUCAAGACUGGGCCGUUUACAUGCUCGACAAUAUCGUGGAUCAAGGAUGGGGUGAUCCUCAGCGCCGGAGGGAAGCAUGGGAUCCAAAGCGAUGGCUUGGGGCACCUCCCAAGUUGUUGAGAGUCCCGCCUUCGAAGAAAUGGUCACGAGUCUCUUUUUUACUUGACAAGCUGGCUCAGGCGGUGAUCGAUAAUGUCCCGAUCGCAAUAGCGACGUUUGCUGCGGUAGCGCUGUUUGGCGAUAUGAAGAAGGACAAGGCCAACGACAGGAGGCGGGACAGGAGUAGCGAGAGCUCAGAUUACUAUCGCGACUAG